GAGUGAAGGUCAAAGGUUUCCAUUUCCGCUGGAGGCGCCGUUUGUCGUUUCCAACGCUGGAUUCGCGAACUGCCGGUUUGUCAGCUGUAGCUGAGUUCGAGUUCAGCGCGGUUUCCUCCUUGAGUGAAACCUUUCUUCGCUUGCGGCUUCUUAUUCCCAGGAGGGAACCCAAUUUCUGGGCAGAAAAAUGACUGGCAACACACCACAAAUACAAAUCUGUCCCUACUGCAAAAAGCAGUUUAAACGUCUCAAGUCUCACCUGCCUCAUUGUAAAAUGGCAGGUAGUGAAGAUUCAAGAGAAGCUUUGCCUCUUCUUGGAAAAGCCUGUGAUUCUGUUACAUCUGAGCAGCUAAGUACUGAGAAAAAGACACAGCAGAUCAGAAGCUUAGUAACUUCCCCUGAAGAAGAAAGCAAAAAGACUAAAACUGACUUGGUAACAAAAAAAGGAAAAAGAAAAAAUAUUGGAGUAACUGGAACAGUUGUAAACAGCAGUCUGGCAGAAGAUAAAGAUACAGAAAAGAAAAUGAAAAGUGCUAGUGAAAAGUCUCCCCAAACAAGGAAAAAUAAAGAAAAAACUUCAGAAGAGCUUUCAGCACCAGUAGAUAAAAGGUUGUUUCCAAAAAUAAAUCUUCCAGAGAAGUUAUCCAUAGUUGAAAAAAACAGUAGAGCCUCUUUACCUAAAGAAGAGAUUAUACCUGGUCUUAGUUUAGAAUCACUGACACAAAGUGGAAAAGCCACUUCAGAAUCAAAUCAGAAACCCUGUGCAAAACAGAAACAGAAUAUAGAGUCACUGGGAGAGCAGCAUGCAUCCCUUUCAACAAAUAUUUUCAUUGAGAGUCUUCAACCAAUUCAUCAAGGACUUGGUGGCAGAAUAGAACAGAUCACUGCCUCUCAUCAUCAUGAGACAGCAUUAGAAAACAGAUGUGAAUCCUCUGGUCAUAAUAGAUUGUCAAAUGAAAGUAUCCUUGAUAACAGUAAGACAGGACAGUGGCCUCUGAAAUCAGUGUCAGGAGUAGCAAACAUUGCUUUGGCCAACAGGCAGCAAAUUAUUACUGGCCAUGUGGACAAGAAUAUUUUAGAACUUGAAGGAAAUGUCAAAAAUGGAAGCACAGAAAAUGAGAUGUCCACAAUUAAAGCAUGCACAUCACAGAACCAUGUUGUUGUAGACAGCUAUGGAAGGGUUACCAGAGGUCCAGUCCACUUGCUUAAAAGUAAGUUAAAUGCAAAUUCUUUAUUUCUCAAAGCAGAGGAUUAUCCUAAGACACACCUCUUUGAUCCAGAUCCUAAACCAAAUGUGUGUCCCUCAUUCACAGAAGUUCUUAGAGAAAUGAGAGUUGAUAAAGCUACUACUGCUGGUAGCUACUUAAGUGCUUUGGAGAAAAAUACGUAUUUGUGCUCAAGAGCCUUUCAGACAAAAGAAGGUAAAAAUUCAGUGAUAGGUUUAAAAAAACUCUCACUGCAAGAAUUGGAAAUGUCUACUUUUCCAGAACAAAACAUAAAACAAUCUUCGUUAGGACUGGAGUGGUUCUCUGAACUGUAUCCCAAUUACCAGAGGCUAGGGUUAUUUUUAGAAAGACAAUCAGAGUCGGAUAUCAAAAUAUCAGAAGCUCACAUUCUGCUUUGUGGCAAUAAGAAAGCCUGGAACGGAUAUUUGAACAGGAACAUCAAUGUGAAAAAGUAUGGAUUGCCUGGGAUUUCUCUGUUGCUUCUGAGCUUGUGUACCCUUGGCUAUGCCUGGAGAUAUGAUCACAUUAAAUUUAAGCAGAAGAAAUGCCCAGAUGAAGAUGCAAAGGUAUAAACAUUACAAAUUUGCGUACUGUUCAGUCAUGCACCUUAUCUUGGAUCUGGUCAGUAAAGUGGACAUUAUCUGCUGGAGAAGUUACAUGAAAAUAUUUUGACUAGCAACUUGGCAUCUCUUGGUAUGGAUAUUUUUUUUGUUGAUAAAAAAACAAUAUAAUCUUGACUUUUCUUGGACAUCAGGAUCUGAUGUCCGUUUUGCACCAUCUGCAGUGUUAUUUGAGAUUCCUUUUGAGCUGUGGAUUAAUAAUUAGUGGAGAAGGUGCUCUUUGGGAUGUUCUCUGCCACCUGGGUCCUCUGCAAGUGCUGAGAGUGGAAGAGCACAGCAGGCCACGUCCGGGAGAUGGUCUCAGUGGACCAUAGUGGGGGAAGACAAGAGAUCCCACUAGGGUAUGUUAGGGCUUGAUUUUCUUCCCUGUCCUGUUAAAUAUUUAUGUGAAACUGCUGGGAGAGAUCCUCCGUUGGUUUAGUAAGAUGACAUCAGUAUGCUGUCAGUAGCUCUUCAUUAUACUGGAAGCUUAACUGGGGGAGUUGUGGAAGUCCUUUGAAUGGAACAAAGUUGACUGAAUUGAAACCUAACAAGACAGAGUUACUGUUCUUUUCAUUUAUUGUGAGGCAUAGCAGCGGUCCCCAACCUUUGUGGCUUGGUGGGCUGACACAGUGCACAUGCAGCCCUUGCACGAGCAGCGGGCCAGCGUGCACGUGAAUGCUCAUCAGCCCACUGGUUGUGCUAAUUGAGCUGCGUGCACCUGUGAACUCCAGCCAGUCAUUCAUGUGGCCCAAUUCCGAAUAGGCCAUGUUGGGGAGGUUGGGGAUCCCUGCCUUAUAGAGUCAGCUAUUAAUUCAGCUUUUAAUUCUGAAACCAACUUUUUGAACCCAAUAUACGUAGAAAAUAAUUACCUAGAUCUUUACAUUCUAGAGUAAUCUUCAUUAAUUUCAUCUAGCUGCUACAGACUGAACUUUCCAGAUACUUUACAGGUAUAGUUGUAUAUUUGGGAUUUUGCAAUGGCCGCAGUAAUACGUAUCCAAAAUGUAACUGUUUGUUACAAAAUUAGACUUUUUAGGAGUGCCUGUUGUACAAAUACAGACCUUACUAUUGCUGUCCCCUUGAAAGUCCAGUCACAACACUGAAUCAAAGAGCACUCCUGUCUGCACGUUAGCAGUAGCACAGCUUCCAUCUCAAAUAAUUCAAAUUAAGAGUCUCAAGCCAAGCUUUCAGCUAACCACCAGCAUUGCUGUUUUGUGGAAUUCAUUUCUUUAAUUCAGCUUAUUAUUUUGCUCAGGCAACCUGUCAGCCACUUCCUUGUAUUAAAUCUUGAAAAAUGAGAAAAUACUUGGGCCCAGCAAUAAGAAAUAACUCCAGAGGAUUCUGUCUUAUUUCCAACCAACUAAAGUGUGAAUUGCAAUGGUUAGCCCAGGUGAAAUGGGUUCAUUUCAUGAGUUCAUUUUAGCCCAAAUAUCAGUAUCAUUCAGCUAAAGAUUUGAGACAAGUGUAUUUGGGGAAGCAUGGAAUCCAUCUCCAGAUACAGAAAAGGCAUAAUUUUUCAUUGUAUUUGAAGGUAACACACAGGGUACAGGGGAAGCUGUGCUGCAUGCACAAUUGUGCAUUCCAGUACUUUAUUACCACCUACCAUCAGGCCCAUUACUUGCUUCCCGCUUAGUUGUCAUGAUGCAUCAAUGUUAGCACCAGUGAGCAUCUUACAAACAAAGCAGUGUGUUUUUGUCACAAAAUUAGGCCUGUACAGCACAAUAUUUGGUUGCCUCUCUUGACUAUUUGACUGAUCAGAUGGUUUUUCCAAUGUUAGUGUAUAGGAUUCAUUGGAAGAAAAUGAUUAAGCAAGAUAGCUACCUCGUUUAGGCCUGCAUCAAGCAAGCAUCAUUACCCUCGGGGUCCCAGCUUAAGGUAGGUGUGGAUGGGAAGAGGAAUUUCAGGAGACCCUCUGGGUAGUGCUUUCACUGCCAUCUGUUAGCUCAGAAAGAUGGUUGAUUCUGUCUCAGGGAUAUCUUGAAGAAUUUGCUGUUUAUAUCAGGGCUUCCACGCAAACAAGAUGAGAUAAUACGUGCAAAUAUGGCCGACUACAUUGCAGAGUCGCAAUGGGCAUUGAGGGAAGAUGGGCAGAAAAUAAUUUUAUAAUAUAAACAAAUUUAAUAGAUAAAGAUGCCGUUAGUAUCAUCUACUUUAUACAUUAUAGAUCUUAUUCAGAUAUAUAUAUAUAAACAGUAUACGGAAUGGGUAGAGUCUGGCACUCUUUUUGGAAGCAGGGCCAUCUGUCCAGAAAUAAGGCAGUUUCUUCUGGAACAUUGUCUCCAGGAAAGCGGGAGCAAACUCACUUCCUUGACUUUUGGUAAAGUGGCUUUCUGUGACUUGCCACACCUCUUAUGACUGUGAAUGAAGAAGAGUCAUGCUUCAAGAAUUCCAAAUAAACCUGGCGGUCUCCAAAUGAUGCCUCUCUUUGCUAUAGACAAUGUCCUACUGUAGUUAAACUGAUGAGGUUUAUCAAAUCGAUCAUGACACAAGACAGACGCAGGUGAAUUGUUUUUUUUCUUAGAGCUUUGCUAACACAAGGAAAGCAAGAAUGGAUUCAGUCAGUGCAACGUUAAACAGAUACCAUCAAAUAAUCAAUAGUAUUAAAACAGUGGUUUUUAAAAUGUAUUAUAGCAGAGAAGUAACAUUAAUAAUACAGUGUAGUGCUUCGGGAGAAAAAAAUCCAUGCCAUUAAGUAGCUCAAAUGUCCUUUGAUCAGAACCUUGUCUGUAGUGACAAAAAAAAAAGAAAAGAGGCACUUCUUUAAACCAAAGCUGAUUUUUUUUUUUGUACUCAAAUAACUGAGUUUAUUUUUCACUUUAGAAUUAGCUGUGGUAACCUUAUACCCUCAGUUAAUUGUUUGACCUGUAUUAUAAGAAGUGGGUUCCCCACCCACCCCUUGGGAGGUUUUAUGCUCAUCUUGACUGAUUGUCCCAAAGGUGCUUUUCUGUGUCAGCAGGAUCACCUUAGUGGUGCAAAUGGGUGUGGAGCCUUUUUGGAACUAUUGAAAGGACUGUGUUAUAGAUUUGGAGAUAGAUGUCAUAUCCCUCCCACUCUGUUAAGAGAGGGCUGUUCAAUUUUGACAUAGAUGGCCUCUUUGACCUGAUGACACAGAUAAACCUCCAGGUAACCUUAACGACUUGCUUAAAGAAUACAAAUGACCAGCUGUCUGCAAGGAGUAUAAAUCCUUCCAUUCCCCAAUAUCCAGUCAGAGCUGAAGAAGCUUUUUUUUUUUUUAAUUUGAUUUAUAUGCCGCCCUUCUCUGGAGACUCAGGGCGGCUUACAAUGCGUUAAGCAAUAGCUGUCAUACUUUUGUAUAUUUAUACAAAGUCAGCUUAUUGCCCCCACAAACUGGGUCCUCAAUUUAUCUACCUUAGAAGGAAGGAUGGAAGGCUGAGUCAACCUUGAGCCUGGUGAGAUUCGAACUUACAGUAAUUGCAGACAGCUGGUGUUAAUCACAAUGCUAUCAGUCUGCUGAGCCACCAGGCUCUUGGAUGAGAAGCUUUUUGGAUGAGAAGCAAAACUUCUUCAAAGAAAAGCCAGAACGUCCAGUUGCCUCUUGAAAAAACACCUUUGGGACACCCAUGACUUGGAUGACUGAGAAUCUCCAUAGAUAUCUUGACUGAUCAUUUGUUUUAAUAGUUUUUAGUUGAAUUGCAUUGUAUCUGGCACAAUUUAUUUAUUUUAUCAUUUAGUUUUUUUCAUUUCAGGAGCAAUAUCUGUACAUUGAUUAAAUAAAUAAAUUAAUGUGAAUAGAUUUCAAAUAUCUUGUCUCUGUUUAGGACUUACUACUGCCAGAAGGUCAAACUGUGAAGCACAAGAGGUGGGCCAGGCAGAAGCCCAGGCCCACUUAAUGAUUUGGUCCCCUGUUGGCUGCCUAUCUAAAGGCCCUCUAGGACAGCCUCCUCCAAGUAUUAAUAUUCAGAUUUAUUAAAUUUCAGAUGCUAUAAUUUGCAGUCAUAAUGGUCAGGUUCUCAGAGCUGCAAAGCAAUAAUAACAAUAGUGACAUUAAAACCAAACAAUAGAAUGUCUUAAAAUCAUGGAAUUAAAAUAAAUGUGAUGCACCUAAAUGUUUUCAUAUGUAGCUGUCAAUACAUUUCCUGGAUCAAUCCUCAGGAUGACAAUCAUAUAGAAAAGAAUUGCAAACUGUUAUGUUAUUUAUGUUUUUGUAAAAUAAACACCUUGGAUUUUCUAUUGUUAACUUUAGUAAUAAAAUUAAUAAAGUGCAUUUUUCUAAAUC